AUGGAACAAGUUCAUCUCUUCACGAAGAAACUAAAACCAACCCAUAUAGGAUAUACUCUUUCAGUUCCAACCCAUGUCCUUGAGGCUUUUCCAUUUCCUAAAGGAGCCCAUACGAUGAAAUUUGAAGCAGUCGAUGCUACUGAUAAUGUAUGGAGGUUUUGCUUGUCAACCCGUCUGACUGGAGCAUACCCAAAACCCGUUCUUCUACGCUCUUCCUGGCAUCGUUUUGUAGAGCAGAAAGGCCUUGCUCCCGAAGACAGGGUUGUUUUCUUUAUGGAGAGAGAUGAAGAUAGUGACAUGGUUAGGAGGUACAGGGUUAGAGCUCAACGAAAAGUGAUGAUCUUGAUGGGGCAAGAUAUUUGGGUUGAUGUCGAGGAUCUUCCCCUGAAUGGUCUUUGA